UUUAAUUAUUUUCUUGUACAAAUUUAAAUAUUUAAAAUAACUAUUUUUAAUUAAAUAUUUACAUACGUUUAAUAUGCAAAAUGUAUGGCUAUGAUAUAAUCUUGAAUGCAACUCAAUGUUGAAUGGAAGCACGUGUUUAUAAAAUUAGUGACAAACAUAAAAUUUUAAUAUGGAAGUGAAACGUAAAAUAGAACUUGACAAUAAGUGUUAUAAAGCUUCUGAAAAAUAUUGGGAUCGCAUUCCUCCUACUAUUAAUGGAAUGCUAGGUGGUUUUGGAUUUUUGUCAGGACAGGAGAUAGAUGGUUCAUCAAAAUUUCUAUCUUCAUUAUUUAAGUUAGAAAAUCCACCUUCAAGGCAACAUGCAUUAGACUGUGGUGCUGGGAUUGGUCGUGUAACGAAAAAGUUAUUAAUAAAAUAUUUUGAAAAUGUUGACUUAUUAGAACAGAAUCCAAAAUUUAUUGAAUCUGCAAAAACAUAUUUAAGAAAUAAUAUCUCAAGAAUAGGCUUCCAUUGUAGUGCGCUACAAAACUUUCAUCCAACGCCACAGAAGUAUGAUGUUAUUUGGUGCCAAUGGGUUCUAGGUUAUAUUAAUGAUGAACAUUUAGUGGGAUUUCUCAAAAAUUGUGUGUCAGGUUUGAAAAAGGAAGGUGUAUUAGUUGUAAAAGAGAAUGUAACUAGAUCUGAUGUUUUGGAGUUCGAUAAAACAGAUUCUUCUAUAACAAGACCUUAUAAGGAUUUAGUAGGUAUAUUUGACAAAGCUGGUUUGAUUUGUAUACAAAGGAAGUUGCAAAAGCAUAUGCCUCUUGGUUUAUAUCCAGUUUAUAUGUUUGCUCUUAAACCAAAAAAUGAAUCGGUGCAAACAGAAUAAUUAAUAAUAGAGUAAUAGAUAUAGAAAAUUUUUUUUUUAUAUUACUUUCUUAUCCUUUAUGUACAUUUUUUUAAUAAAAAUAACUUUUUAAUUGAAAUAAAUCAAAAUGAAAUAAAAUUAAGCAAAUUAAGCGAGUAUUAAAACUUCUAUUUUUGAUGUAACGACAAAUGAAACAUUAAAUUCUUAAUCAAUCUAA